CGUAACAAGCUGAAUGAUGAACUAACAGGGCUGUUUGGAGAGUAUAUUGACGAUGACCUAGAUUUUGAACAGUCCACGGCAAGACCUCCACCUCCAUAUCCACUUGAACGAAACAUCCCUCAGCCUGAAGAAAUCAGUCCGGUGGUUCCUCACACAAGGGAAGAAAUUGCUCCGAUUGUCAGUCGGGCUGUCGAGGUCUACUGGGAGAAGAGGCGCUUCGGGGAGUCUCUGGAAGGUGUGGAAGUGCCUGCGGACUUCCUGCUGGAGGCAGAAGAUGAAACCAGUUCAGACAGGCUGACUGUACAGAGCAGACGGAGCUGGAAGAUGAUGCUGUUUGAUUUGACAGGGGAGAUCAUUCGGGACAUCUACAACAGUGAUGACAAGUCUGAUGUCCCAGUGUGGCAGAAAUCAAAACACAGAUCCCAGAAAUACUUCCACAAAACCAGCCCCCCGACAACCAUUCAGGGAUUACAACCGCUUGUCCAAUCAGCAGUCUUCCAGCUACUCGGCCUGAAUGGCUCCCGUAGAUACAACACAGUCAACAAGUGGAACAUCCGUAAGAAGAAGGAUCUUGUCGAUGCAAUACUCACCCAAGAGCUGGGAGAAGAGGAGCUGGGAUGGGUUGAUUAUGACGAUGAUGAACUGAACCUGAAGAUGUCAUUGGCUGAAUCCAUUUUCGAUUCUCUGGUUCUGGACACU